AUGUCGUCCUCGGUGUCUUGCGCGCAACACCAUCAACACCAACAAUUGUCGUUCAGAGGCCGCGUCGGGAAGACCUCUUCGUCUGCCUCGUCGUCGUGCUCGACUUCUUUUUCUUCUUUGUCCAGAGGAGGAAGAAAAGCGACUUUAAAGUGCUUCGCCGGAGAAGGAGCGAUUUCAAAACCGUGGGACAUCCAGAAGCCCUGUAAGUUGGUUUUGGAAGACGGGUCGGUGUGGCAAGGGAAAGCGUUCGGGGCGGACGGGACGAAAGUUGGAGAGGUUGUGUUUAACACCUCUCUGUCCGGAUACCAAGAAAUCUUGACCGACCCGUCCUACGCCGGUCAGUUUGUGUUGUUCACGUGCCCGCACAUCGGGAACGUCGGCAUCAACCCGCUCGACAUGGAAUCGACGAAAGUGCACAUGGGCGCUACUUUGGUCAGACACGAGGCCUUGAACGUAUCGAACUACCGCUCGACGCAAACGUUGGACUCGUACUUGAAAGAGCAAGGCGUUAUCGGGAUUUCCGAUAUCGAUACGCGCGCGAUCACGGUGAGAUUACGCGAGAAAGGAUCGUUGAAUGGCGUGGUCACGACGGAUAUGAGCAUCUCGGACGACGAGUUGUUGAAAAUGUCCAAAGGCUACGAUAUCGUCGGUAAGGACUUAAUCGGUGAAGUGUGCGUGAAAGAACCGUACAAAUGGGUCGAUCCAACCGCGAGCGAGUGGGAAUUCGCGGAAAAGGCGAAGAGCAACAAGGACAAGUUCAACGUCGUUUGCUUUGAUUUCGGCAUCAAGAAUAACAUCAUGCGCCGAUUGGCCUCGUUUGGUUGCGAUUUGACCGUCGUGCCGGCAAACUACUCCGCCGAAGACGUCAUGAAGUUGAACCCGGACGGGAUAUUGUUUUCCAACGGACCUGGAGAUCCUUCCGCUGCCCCGUACGCGGUUGAAAACUGCAAGAAGUUACUCGGCAAAGUCCCGGUGUUUGGCAUUUGCAUGGGACAUCAAGUUUUGGGACAAGCCUUUGGCGGCAAAACGUUCAAGAUGAAGUUUGGACACCACGGAGGUAAUCACCCGGUGAGAAAUGAAUUCACCCAAGCGGUUGAGAUUUCCGCGCAAAACCAUAACUUUGCCGUGGAUUUGAACUCGUUGCCGAAAGAGGUGAAAGUUUCGCACUUGAACUUGAACGACGGCACGUGCGCCGGCAUGGUUUGGGAAGAAAAGAUGGCCAUGACCAUUCAAUAUCACCCGGAAGCGAGUCCUGGACCGCACGAUUCCGAUAACUGCUUCGCCCAAUUCGUGGAUAUGAUUAGAGCAAACAAAGGCAUGGCUGUUUCGCGAUAA